CAUCUGAUCCCAUGUUAAAAAAAGGAUAGAUGGAUCUGGUGGGAAAAUUAUGUUAAAUUCAUUUAAGUUUUGUAGUAGCAACUAGCAACUUAUUGGAAAUCAUUGAGCUAGAAACAAAGCAAUUCAACAUUUGACCUUUUUCCUACAACCACUUAGAUGAUGGCAAACUCUUCUGCUGAAGAACUGCUUUCUUCCUUGCCUAGAGAAGAAGGUAUCACUUCAGCCUACAGCUAUCAAUAUCAAGGGUUCUGGUACGCUCCAAGAAGCUUACCAGGUUUGAUUGAUUGUCAGAAUCAAUUCCAAGCAAGAGAAAAUGAUAUUUUUCUUGUAACUGCUCCAAAAUCCGGCACCACCUGGUUAAAAGCAGUCCUCUAUGCUUUAAUGAACCGCGAAGCCUGUCAUCCUCAGGAUCCUGCUCAUCCUUUGCUUAAACAAAAUCCCCACCAGCUUGUUCCUUUUCUUGAAAUUCUUAAGCCUACAGAGUAUGACUCGGUUUCCAACUCCUCGGACAAAAGCAGCAGUAGGAUAUUUGGAUCUCAUAUUCCAACAGCUAGCCUCCCAAAAUCCAUAAUAAAGGAGAGCAAAAUUGUAUACUUGUGCAGGGACAUUAAGGAUACUUUUGUUUCACUCUUUCACUUUACCAGUCAUCGUUCUUCCCCCAUUUCUCUGGAAAAUGCCUUCAAUCUAUUCUGCAGAGGAGUGAGUAUAAGUGGACCUAUUUGGGAUCAUAUCUUGGGAUAUUGGAAGGAAAGCGUAGAAAGACCAGACAAGGUGCUGUUUAUGAGGUAUGAAGAGAUGACAGAUGAGCCUCAUGCUCAGUUAAGGCGUCUCGCUCAUUUUAUUGGAAAACCCUUCUCCCAAGAGGAAGAGAAUUCAGGGUUGCUUGAUCAAAUCAUCAAGUUGUGUAGUUUUGAUGGUUUGAGCAAACUAGAGGUUAAUAAGACCGGUAACUGGAUAAGUAAUGUAAGAAAUGAUUCAUUUUUCCGGAGUGGUGUCGUUGGUGAUUGGAAAAAUUAUUUGACAGCGGAGAUGGCUUCUAAGCUGGAUCAGAUCACCGAAGAAAAGUUUCAUGGUUCUGGAUUAUAUAUGACAUGAUGCUGCUAAAUCUGUAUAUUGAUUUUAAGUAGCGGUGUUUGCAUCAUAUUUGUAGCUGAACUACUCUGCUUGUUUCUGCUUUUAGUCUGUUCUAUCUAAAUGUGGUUUAAUAAGAGAAUUAUGAGUCAAGAUUUUUCAGUAUCUCCUACAGAUCAAUGAUCAUAAUAUUUGUACUACAAAUGAAUUUGCAUUAAUUAAAAUUCGAUAUCUCCUGCUAAUAUACAUCA